AUGACCAGCAUCAUGAACUCUUUCCGACCUCAGGAGCCGUAUAUGGGUUGGAUCUACAUGUGUGGUCUGGACACCAACAGGAUUUCAACAGGGUGCUACCCUUUCCGCAUGUCGCUUUCUUGUCAUCUGUUUCUUUCUGGCGCUUCCCGCACCGCGCUCAUUUUAGCAAAUUCGCUCGAUAGGGUAGGCCCACGUCAAGAAGAAUGUGCAACUUGGCUCGCUUCUCCUUACACCGCCAUACUUCUCAUUCAGGAGGGUGCCCAAGCAGCCACGGAGACUUGGCUUCCUUAUCUCAAGGAACUUCGGACCGCAGAAACCAAUCGGUUUCCCACAAACCGACGUCAGCAAGCUGCCGGCGGAGGUGCCGGUCUUCAUACACUCGAAGCUGUGGCCGCAUCUGAUGACGCCUUCCCACCCUUGAAGUUGGCUGUUGUCAAAGCCUUGGAUAUCAUCGAUAUCAUCAAGAAAUUCAACUCUAACAGGAGAGCCUGGGCUGCUUGUUCAGAUAAUCUUACUGGGAAAUUUGAGGAGAUCAUUCAGUAUACCUCUCAGUUUCACAAGCAUCAUGUUCCGUCUGCUUUGCAAUCUUGGCUUGAGGAUUUGAAAGGUGUUUCAGAUAUUCACCAGCAGAGUUUAAGGAAAUUUCCCAGCUUUACACAAGAUACAGAGCAUAUUGAGAAGUUUGAGGGAAAGGUGAAUGAAAUCAUGAGCUCUUUCCAUGUCCUUCUUUGGCAUGGGGAAAACUUCCAAACUGACAGUACACAGACUGCUGAACAGCUGAGGACCAAAGAGGCCAGUCAAGAUAGUGCUACAGCAGCUCAAGUAACUGUCUUUGCUGGGGCACAAGAUAUUCAGAUGAAUCAUAGUGUAAUUAUUGCUGGACAAAUUGUCCACUACAACAAUACUGAGGAACUUCAAGAUAAAAUUAAUGCCAUGAUAGAGGAAUCAAAGGAAAACAUUAAAGCAUGGGUAAAUGAUCUGAGCAUGCCAAACAUUCUCUGGCUUUCUGGCAGUCCUGGCUCUGGGAAGACAACAAUUGCUUCAACUGUUGUGGCUAGCUUUGAACAUCUUUCUGGGCAAUUCUUCUUCCACCGUGAUCAGACUGAGUUUCAGAAUCCAGAUAAUCUAUGGAGAUGCCUUGCCUUAGAUCUUGCUCAGGGAAACACUGCAUUGAAAAUAUCUAUAGCCCAAGCACUAGAGGCACAGAAAGCUAAAGUCAGAGGUCUUGACAUUCCCAUGCAAUUUGAGCAUCUCAUUGUCAGGCCACUCCAGGAGGCCUCUCAAAGCUCUGUGAAGCCACUUCUUCUUGUUAUUGAUGCUCUGGAUGAGUGUGAUUCAUAUGAGAGACUCUUACCUUCUUUAAAAUCCUGUUCUCAACUUUCCAAGUCUCUAAAGCUUCUAGUUACAAGUCGCCGCUAUCCUGAUAUUCAGAAUGCAUUGAAACCUGUUGGUUAUCAUAUUGAUCUUCAUGCUGGAGAUGAAGUUUCUGAUCAGACUGCUGAUGAUCUUUGGAAAUACUUUACCACAAGAUUUCUUGAAGGGGCUAAUUUAGAUACCUCAGCUCUAUAUCUGAAUUGGCCUGGUCUAGAAAAAAUUUCAUUUCUUGUAGAAAAAGCUGCUGGGCUAUUCAUUUGGGCUAAAUCUGCAAUGGACUUCAUCUUGUAUAAGGGUGGUGACAUUCAAGGGAGGCUGGAAGUUAUAUAUUCCAAUACUGGAGAGGGGACUGAUGCCAUUGAUGGCUUGUACCAUCAUAUCAUUUCUGCUGCUUUUCAAGGUCUAAGAGAAACAGAGAAAAAUUGUUUGUCAUCAGUUUUGGGCUCCAUUGUCAUUGCAAGAAAUCCACUUCGUUCCAGUGAUCUUGAACAGCUUCUAGAGGUUCAAGAUGCAUUGUCUGUAAUCAGUCAACUAAGUCCAGUCUUGUCUAUCAGUGAAAGUGGCCAUUUGCAGAUCUGUCAUCAGAAAAAUGUGAAAUCUACUGCUCUAGAUCAUGCAAGCUACUUCUGGGCAAUCUAUCUGCAAAAAUGUUCUGAUAGGGCAUUGGAAGAGAAGAUAAUGGUUGAAAUGGAGAAAUUUCUGAUAAACCAUCUUUUACAUUGGCUAGAAAUUAUGAGUCUGAUGGGUGCUGUGAAUCAUGCUGCUCACUUACUGCUUUUGGCUGAAACUUGGUGCAAAGCAUUGAAGCCUAUUGCAUAUUCUUCCAAUGGGAAACACAUAAUCUCAGGAUCUUCAGACAAGACAAUCAAAAUCUGGGAUGCUUUAACAGGCCAGUGUGUUAUGGGUCCUCUUGAAGGCCAUGAUGACUGGAUUACCUCAGUUGUAUGCUCUCCAGAUGGUGGGCACAUUGUCUCUGGAUCCAAAGAUAUGACAAUCAGAGUAUGGAAUACUUUGACAGGCCAGAGUGUCAUGGAACCUCUAAAAGGCCAUAGUCAGUGUCUGAUGGAUCCACUUAUUGGUCAUGAUGGGGGAGUCCAGUGUCUUGCAUACUCUCCUGAUGGAAUGAACAUUGUUUCUGGAUCUUUUGAUUUCACAAUCAGAGUCUGGGAUGCUCUAUCUGGUCAGAGUAUAAUGGUUAUUUUUAGAGGCUCUGCCCUCAUCCACAAGGUAGCUUUUUCUCCUGAUGGCAAGCACAUUCUAUGUGCAACUGGAAACCACAUAAUCAGACUCUGGAAUGCUCUGACAAGUCAUUGCACAUUAAGUCCUCUUAAGAAUGAUGAGGGCUCAGUUAAUUCAGUGGUGUUUUCACCCAAUGGCAAGCAUAUUCUUUCUGGAUGUCUAAAUAUCAUGGGUCCACUUAAAGGCCAUGACAAGAUGGUUACAUCAGUUGCAUUUUCUCCUGAUGGUAGAUACAUUGCCUCUGGAUCUCAUGAUUGCACAGUCAGAGUCUGGGAUGCUUUAACAGGUCAGAGUGCCAUGGAUCCUCUCAAAGGCCAUGAUAAAGGAGUUAUUUCUGUUGCAUUUUCUCCUGAUGGUAGAUACAUUGCCUCUGGAUCUUCUGAUAUGACAGUCAGAGUCUGGAAUGCACUGACAGGGCAGAGUCAUGAGUAUGGUGUUCACUCUGUUGCCUUUUCUCCUGAUGGAAGGUACAUUGUGUCUGGAUCUGAUGAUAAAACUGUCAGAGUGUGGGAUUCUAGCACAGGACAGAGUGUCAUGGAUCCUCUAAAAGGCCAUUAUGCUUGGGUUUAUUCAGUUGCAUUCUCUCCUGAUGGGAAGUACAUUGUUUCUGGUUCUCUUGACAAAACAAUUAGACUCUGGGAUGCUGUAACAGGUCACAGUUUGGGAGAUCCAUUCCAAGGCCAUUAUGCAGCUGUUCUAUCAGUUGUCUUUUCACCUGAUGAUAAAACCAUCAGGCUCUGGGAUUGUAUCUCACAUUUUCAAGAGUAA